AAGAGAGAAGGAAUGAAAGAAAGAUUGAUGAUAAAAUAGGAAGGAGAAAGAGGGGGCAAAUAAAUGAAUGAUAAUAUAAAUAAAUAAAUAAAUAAAUAAAUAAAUAAAUAAAUAAAUAAAUAAAGUGAGAAAGGAUGUAAGAACUUCUUGCUGCUUUUUUUUUUCUUUUUUCUUUCCUCUCUUUUUUUUUUUUUUUUUUUUUUUUUUUUUUUUAAUUAUCGUCUCGUAGUUAAACGACGAAUGACGACGAAAUCAGACGCGAAAUAAAACUUUGCGACAUAUCCUAAUACUUUUCGCGCAGGCAAUAAAAAAAAAAAAACUCGUUCGUUUCCUUCGAAGCCACGAUAUUAACCCGCAAUAACGUAAGCACCUGUAGCGCCGCGAUAACGCGAAAAUCAUUGUUAUAUCUUUGUAUGAACAUUUAAUACGCAAUAAAUAUGUAUAUCGUCAAAAUCAGAUCACACAGAGUGAAAUUGGAUGGUGAACGAGAGAGAGAGAGAGAGAGAGAGAGAGAGGAAGACAUUUUUUUUACCAUUCAUUAUUUUAUCCAUCUCAUUCAUUUUCAAGUAUGAUCAAUCAAGGCCGCCAUUAUUCGAUCAUCCGGUAAGUGAAUUAUCUCAUAUUCUUUUCUUUUCUUUUUUCUUUCCUUUUUUUUUUCUUUUUUUUUCCUUUUUUCCUACAAAAUAAUAAUACCUAUCUCAAAAAAUAUCCCAAACUUUUAACUACCUAACAAAUUUAUCGUAUAAGUUAUUAUAGAUAUCACGUACACACACACACACACACACGCACACACACACACAUAUAUAUAUAUAUAUUUAUUUUUUUUUUUCUUAUUACCUGACAAAACUUUUCUUUCGUCUUACUAAUCGACAACAAACGUAAUAACAACUUUCAUUUCAAAAUAUAAAUGUAAAUAUAAAAAUAAAAAUGGAAGAAAAAGAAAACAGAAAAAAAGAAAAAAAAAAAAACGUCAUCUAUAAUUUCUAUCGUUAUGAUUCCGCGUUUAAUGAACGUGAAUAAAUGUCAAGUGAUAUUAAUAAUAUUAAAAUUGGCAUAAUACGUAAAGAGUACGUAACGUGACAUUUGUAGUACGUCGAAGGAACGUAGAAAACCGCGAAGAUGCGCGCGCAGGCUGGCAACAGGUAAACGUCAGGUCGAGAGCGUUAUGGUGGGGGUGAUUAGACGAAAACGAGAGAAAGGGAGGAAGAGAGAGAGAAAGAGAGAGAGAGAGAGAGAGAGAGACAGACGAAGAGUGAGUAAGAGUGAAAGAGAGAAAGAGAGAGAAAAAGAGAAGAAUGGCGGUCGGUGGUAGGAGGCAGGUGCGUUCUUCGGGGGUGAGGGGUAGAAGAACUUGAGGAGAGAGGUGUUGCGGUCGGGCUGACUUUCCGAGGUGGGGAUCGAAUCGGAGAACUUGUGCCAUUAGGUUUGCUCUUUACGAUCGACAGUCGAGCUCAGUAAGUCGAUAUCGAAGCAGGUGUUUCGAGUAUUCUCUCCCGCGAUUUUCUUUCUUUCUCUCUUUUUUCUCUCUUUCUCUCUUUCUCUCUCUCUCUCUCUCUCUCUCUCUCUCUCUUUCUCUCUCUCUCACUCUCUCUUUCUCUUACUCUCCGUUUUUUUUUCCCCACUCACUCUUUCGAUUUCGUUGUUGUGUUCGUUCGUUAAAAAUCUGUUCUCCAUUCGAUUGAUCAACGUCAUUAAUCAUUUAAUGAUCUAUCGAUCGAUUAAUUUACUUUACAUUUGUGUAACAGUGUCUUGUGUGUGCUUAUCGUGUAAUCGUGGAUUUUAAUAUACUACUUCGAAAAAGGAUCUAUGAAUGCAAGAGAGAAAACAAUAAUAUAUGUAUAUUUAUAUAUACAUUAUAUGUUUGACGAACGUUUAACUAUAACGUAACGUCCAAUGGCGGACGAGCCUCCUUUAUUCGAGUGAUCCCGUACGUGUACCGUUAAAGGACGAUCUUGAAGAUGACAACGAGCGAAGAUAAUCGUUCGAGCGUGAAACGAGAUCUAUGAUGACGAUGUCGAACUUUGACGUCUUUAUUAGAAUCGACAGAGAUAGAGAUAGAAAAAGAAUCGUCGAUCUUCGUAAAUAUACAAAGAUUCUAAGUGACUUUUAUUUACUUACGACAUACUCGUCGUCACCUGUACGUGAGAAAGACAGAGAUAGAAAGAGAAAGGGAGAGAGAGAUAGAGAGAGAGAGAGAGAGCGAAAGAAAAAAGAGAAAGAGAGAAGAGAAGAAGGAGAGUGAUAGAGAAAGAAAAAUAUUCAGAGGCGAAGAAAACAGAAAGGGGAGGGGUUGGAAGAAAAAGUAGAAAAAUAAAAGAUGUCGCCUCUCGUUAAAAUGAUGACCUUCGUACUCUGCGUCACGGGUUCGAUCGUGACAGGUCUUAAUUUACGUGGUAACAAAUGCGGACAGAAAGUUUGCAAUACCACGGAAUAUUGUAGCCGAUUUGAUACUCAAUGUAAACCUUGUUCUACCAUUUGUAAUCCGGAGGAUCAUAAUCAUCAACCGGAGGACUGUUUAAAGGAUUGUCAAGAAUAUGUCUACGAUCAACGGUACGCCCUCCGUGAGGAAUUGAGCCAGUACGAGGAGCUCAGAGGAGAAGUCAACAGGCUACGUAUUCUACUUAGUGUUACGUUAACGUUAACGUGCUUGGCUAUCAUGGUGAUCAUCUAUCUUCUUAUCAGGACAUUCGUACGUUGCAAUAAGAUAGGAAAUGCGAUACGUAAUGUAUUCUCCAAAAAAUGGGUCAAGAAGGCAACUAACAAUAAUAAGGUUCAAGACGACGUUGAAACUGGCGGUAACAACGUUAACAAACAAAAUGGUUUGAAACUUAGCAUGCCAACGAUAAGCGCUACAGUAACCUCGUCGCAGGAUACGUCAAACAGCAAUGGUACACCUAAUACUACAAGUACACCCCUUUCUAGAAGACAUCCUAGCGAGGAUACUACGUUGGAUUAUGCUUACGAUAAUCCGGCAAUGACACCAAGCCCAGAAGCUGCACAGCUUCGUACCAAACGCGAGAGUUCCUUUUGAAUGAUCCAAAAGAUCUCGUCCAAGAAUAAAUAUUAUUAUUCUCGUACGAUUUA